UGGUUGAGUAACAAAGAGGGCGCCACUGCGAAAGCAGAUGACAUUUUGCUUGGAUGUCAAGAGAAAGUUGUAAAGGAAAUUAGGCGACAGUGGUCUAUGUUAUACUUUGACAGAUACUUCGAAAGAAAUCGUCUUACGGUUUUGGAGAGACCAAGCGGAGUGUUACAGUCGAUGGGAAGAUCACUGUCAUAUCUUAAAAGUUGACGUGUUUAUUUCUCUCGGUUGCAUUUCCUCGUUUGGGCCACUGCGACAGCAGCUGUGCAGAUCAUGUGAGCGCUCUGGACGUCGGCGCGUGGUUGGAUCGAUUUUCAUUCAAAGGAAUAUCCCUUCUACCGUUGAGAUGUUGCGCCUCUUCAAGAGAAUAUAGUAGCAUCUCCGGUUGUGUGUGCAUUGUUUGAGGAAUCUUUGGCGCAGAGGAAAGCUUAGAGCCAUGUGACCGUUUUGGCGGUGCCAAGAUUUUGGAAUUCUUUUGUGAUUGUGGAUUGUUUGUAUAUUGUUGGAGUUGUGUUGAUGAAAUUUGAGAAAGGGGCUACGGACCAACUCGCACAAUGAAUUCAAAGGUCACAAAGACAGUUUGUUACUCCUUGUUUAGGAUUCUGUUACCAUUAACCCUUUUAGGAGCUGCGGUGCUGCGUUACAACGCCCUGUCGUUCCUGUACGCUGUGUUCCUGCUGAUCACACCUCUACUCAGCUAUCCCAGUGUCAGCUCUAUCAAAGGUGCUACAGGAAAUUACCUGAAAGUUCUCAUCGCUCUUGGAGUGAUUGCCGUUCUUACACAAUGUAUCUUCCAUAUUGUGUUGGUCGCCAUAGCAACAGAUGCCGAGCCGUAUGGUUCCAUGUUUCCAAACUGCUCUAUGAAUGAGAAGCUUGCCCGACUCAUAGCAGUUGAAAGAUUGGAUAACACGCCUGUUGUUGAUGUUGUUCGGCUGGUGGUACCAGACGUUGCGGUGUUCAUCGUAGCACUCCUAGUCUUCAUCAUCUGCCAUGUUGUUCUCAAGAAAGAGGCAGCACAGCAACAGGACCUUCCCACAACUCAAGUGAUUAGGACUCGCAGACCCAGAGUGAACUUCGUCAUCGCCUUCUUCGGAGAGUUCUUGCUGAGUUUGUUAAUCGGUGCUAGCGGGAUUAUCCUGCCGUCUGUGUUGAAUGCAGUCUACUUCUUGACCUUCCUGGUUGUGGGCACGGUGUGGGCGUGUUACCGCAAGCUGGGACGCAAGUUUGCGGGAUUCCGUGUCUUCCUCCUUGUGUACACUGGACUCCACAUCCUUCUCCUUCAUCUCUACCAGUUCGAGUUCUUUCAGGACUUUUUACCUCCCGAUGACCUCAUUGCAAGACUUCUUGGCCUGACUGGUAUAAUCUACACCGACUGCUCUACUGCAUGGAUGAUCCAAUUCUACGACAACGUCAAGUGGCCGUACUAUGUCAACCCGGGAAUCCUCCUGCUUUUGUACUGGGUUCUCGCCUUCGAGACACGACACUACUUCCAUGGAACGGACGUUAAACACAUUGAGAGUACAUUGUCCCCUAGCCGUGGGAAGAAAGGACGUGGCAAGAGACGAACUGGCACCGAGCGGGAGGUAGCUGGCGAACAGGAUGAGACUGGCAGUGUUAUGUUUUCGGGGUCGGCUUAUGGUGAACCAGACGACCUUGAUGAAAAGCUUCUAGUUGACGAUGCAGAAAAUACUGGCUACAGCACUAUCGAACCCAUCAAUGCUGAUGGAACACCCAAGGCAUCCACGUCCCGAGAGGACGAGGAGACGGAUGAAGAGACCGUGGCAGAUCCUCCGAGGAAGGAGAAGGAGCAGAAGAGGACGGCCAUGGUGUCCAUGUUUGUCUACAUCAUGAAGCAGAGCUACGUCCUUACUCUCAUUGCCAUGAUGGCCUGGAGCAUCACCUUCCACAGUUGGCUGACGUUCGUACUCCUCCUGCUUGCAUGCAUCCUGUGGAUGAUCCCCAAGUCCCGCCGUGCCUGCCUCGUCAUGUCACCAGUCAUUGUGUUCUACGCUGAGGCCCUCCUCAUCAUCCAGUUCAUCUACGGCAUGAACCUGCCUAAUGAGCUGCCUACAGAUGCAGGCCCCGUCACGUACAGCGAGAUCGGUCUCAAGAGAUACGAGAUCCCAUGCUUGUAUCUGGCCGCACAGGUGCUCUUCACAUUGUUCUUCUGGCUGACUCUGCGACAGUUCAUGAGGGAGAGACAGACAACUCCGGAACAGAACCAAGGGCUGCCUCUAGAACCGGUCGAUGGAUCAGCAACCAAGAAGAAGUCCUUCACAGACUUCCUGAAUCUUCCUCUAGAGACGGACAUGGUCGAUGGAUAUGAUAGCAAUUCCACCAAGAUGAUAGGUAACUACCUGAAGGUCCUACUGUGCAAGUACUGGGUCUUCGCGUGCGCUACCAUCAUGUUGGUCAUCGCCAUCCAGGACGUGGUCGUCUACCGCAUCAUCUAUAUGUUCCUGUUCCUGCUCUUUGUCAUCGCCUUCCAGCUGUCGUUCACGGUGUGGCGAGGGGUGAUGUACAUUUUCUGGUGGGUGGUGACAGUCUACUCCAUGGGUGUCCUCAUCAUCAUCUACACCUACCAGUUCAAGCAGUUCCCUGGCUACUGGAGUAACAGCACUGGACUGUCCGAUCAGACGUUGAAGGACAUUGGUUUGGAGCUGUAUGACACGGCUGGUCUGUUCAUCAAACUGCUGACACCAACCAGCUUUCUGAUCGUCGUCAUCCUCCAGGUUCAUUACUUCCACAGUCCCUUCCUCAGGAUGUCCGCCCUGGACAGAUACAAGCAUGAGGACCAGACAGACUCGACGCCAGCAGACUACACGACCGAUGAGGCAGGUGGCACCACAGACACGGAGUCCGAAAUCAGCAGGAAGUCCAGACGUUGGCGCCGACGGUUAACACUACUGUUCUUCAGGCUGUGGAAUAAGGCCAGCAGUUUGUGGGGCUCUGUCUCGACUUUCCUCUGGAGGCUCACAGAGAUACACAUCUUUAAGCUCGUCGUUUUUGUCAUAGUGGUCGUUGCUGUCAAUGAGGUGUCUGCAAUCACUGCGGUGUACAUCAUCCUGAUGGCAGCCAUCUUGCCCAUCUCUCGGAUCCACAUCGUGCUGUCGCAUGUCACCAUGAUCUGGACCGCUCUGGUCAUCCUGGCUAAGAUGAUGUACCAGUUACAUAUUGUCAAGACGGAGUUUUGGAUCACGAGCUGCACUUUGGAUGGAAAUGGCACUUUUAUCCCAGAUAACGGCGUAGACUUUGGCAACCAAAGCAUCGUCGUCAACAUCACUGGGAACGUCACUGAUGUGGACAAUGCUAUAUGGGUGGGGUUGGCCAAGAUUAGCAGCCUGAAUGUGUCCAUCGCCUACUACAUCAGGAACUACUUGCUGAUCCUGAUCGUGGUUGCGUUCGAGAGCAUCACCCGCUACCACCAGAUCCAGCACUACAAUAAGCCCAACGUGGACCGCCCGGGAGCUGGUAUCAUCUUCCAGGACGUCAAGCGACCAGAGGCGGACAAGAGCAUCUCCUCCGCUCUCAAAUACUUCGCCAAUUACCUCUUCUACAAGUUCGGGUUGGAAAUCUGUUACAUCAUGUCCGCCAUCACCAUCUGCAUCCGUGUAGAUGCCUAUGCCGUCAUCUAUGCCAUCAUGAUGGGCAUACUAUUGUUCAUGAGUCGACGUAGCAACGCACGUAUCUGGCCGCUCUAUGUCAUUGUUCUGACAAUACUACUUCCUGUACAGUUCAUGUCGUGUGUUGGAUUCCCGUUCGGGCUCUGCAUCAAUUACCCCUGGCACCAGACCUCUCACCUGUCCUCUAACCUGGAGCAGUGGCUGUUCCUGCCUGACUAUGUCAAGCCCCCACAUGCCCUCAAACUUGUUGCGGACUUCUUUCAACUUCUGUUCGUGUGUCUUCAAUGGCGUGUGUUCAGCGUGGAGCGUGGGCCUAACAGCGAGGCUUAUGGAGGGGGAGACAACCAGUCUAUACUUCCGGAAGUGGAGGCCAACAUGGAAAUCCCUGUCCCUGACUUCACCACUUCGUCAAAAUCUUACCUGGAUGUUGUCAAGUAUGCUGUGUUUGAGUACUUGUUCUGGGUGACCUUGGCCAUCGUUUUCAUCACCGGUACGGCUCGUAUCAACCUGUUCAGUAUGGGAUACGUCAUUGGGGUAUUCUGCUUCAUGUGGUAUGGCCAGGACUUGCUCAUCAAACCCCUGAGGAAGCUGCUGAAAAUGUGGAAUUUCCUAGUUGGUUACACAUUCUUUGUGCUAUUCUGCAAAGCCUGCCUACAGCUGGUUGGGUGUGUGUACAUUGACCGCCUGUUUGUCAAUGAGUGCUGGCUGAUACAACUACUUGGCAUCAACUGCCUCUCCUCCACCAUCGACAUGCCUUCCUCGGGGACCUGCACAAUCGAGGAGGACAACACCGGCCUCACCUGGGACGUCAUCUGCUUCGUCUUCCUCCUGCUGCAGCGUCGCAUCUACAGCAGCCACUACUUCAGACACGUUGUGUCAGAGCUGGAGGCACAGAACAGGCUGGCGUCCAGAGGUGCAGAGCUCAUAAACAGAAUCAAUAUCCGAGAGGUGGCUCUCCAGAAUGCCCAGGAAGCUGAAAUCCUCCAGAACAUCAAGAAGAAGAUGAAGAACCUGCAGACCAAGCAGGCCAAGCUCAAGAAGAACUUCCGAGAACCACAGGACCACUUUGAUGAAAAUAAUUCCAAUAUUUCACAUGAUGAAGCUAUACGGUCAGGUGACUACUACCUUUUUGAUGACGACUCGGAGGAUGAGGCGCCAGAUCAGGCGGACACCCUCACCUUCGGACAGGACACAGAUGACACUGGCGCCAAGAUGGGACCAUUGCAGAUGAUCUCCACAGCCAUGGACUCAGGCACUGAUGCUGCUGUAGAGAAAGCCAAGGAAAUGGAGGAAUCCCAAGAGGGUGGAAGUGCGGCGACAAGCCCCAAAACAGGUCCUAAGGCUGGCCCUAGCAGUGGAGCAGAUGUCGACCCUGAGGAGAGCGAGGAGGGGGCUCCAGAAAAAGCAUUUGGAAAGGCCAAGCGUCUGACUAUGUUCAUCCUGGCAUUCCUGGGCAGCAUUGCUGAUUGGCUGAUCCGUUUGUUCAACAAGAUUUCCAAGAACUACCGCCGUGUUGCUAGGCAACUAGAGAAGGAGAUGAUUCUGGAGAGGGAGAAGAUCCAAGCGGAGAAGAAGGAGCUGAUAAUGAAGGAGAAACGACCCAGCAGCAGCAAGGACUCGGACGUGGAAGAUGGUGGCGGCGGGGCCGAUGCUGGCGCGACAAGUGACACAGACCUGGUUGUCGUCAGAGUGACCACAGCAGACUCUGGCCGACCAGACACUAUGGGAAGUUCUAUCAGCCUGGUGGACUGGGAGGAGAGAGAGAAGGAGGAGGAGGAAUUUGAGAAGAGUCAGCCACGUCUGUACCGCCUGCUGGUCGCCACAUACUACGUGCUGGUAGCCCGGUCGGAGCUGCUGUGUUACUUCCUGAUGAUCCUGAACCAGAUGAUCUACGCCUCGCUGCUGGCCCUGCCCCUCCCACUCAUGGUGUUCCUCUGGGGAAUGUUGUCUGUGCCACGCCCAUCCAAGUCCUUCUGGAUCACUGUUAUUACCUACGUUGAGGCUGUGGUGGUGGUGAAGUACCUGUUCCAGUUCAGCUUCUUCCCAUGGAAUGAUGGCACAGUUCGCGAGAGUCCAUUCUGGCCGCCACGUAUCCUGGGUAUCGAGAAACAGUCCAACUACGCUGCAGCAGACCUUGCCCUUCUCCUGGCCCUCUUCAUACACCGGUCACUUCUUAAGAGAUAUGGACUAUGGAGAGACACUGAUGACAUCUCCGCUGACUUGGCCAAGGCUGGAGAGAAGGAACUGUCUCCCCCCUGCUCACCAGCUCCAGAGGGUGACAACACUACCCAUGCCAUUGAGGCUGUGGAGCUGGGAGAGUCAGGAGCUGCAUCUGAUGGCCAGCUGCAGUCUUCAUCAGAAGACGAGAUCAAGAAGAAGCCCAGCAAGAUCAAAAUUGGGUUAAAGAAGUGUGUCGACCCAUUCAGGAACUUCUUCAAUCAGGUGACUGGAGCAACAUACAACGCCACUGUCGACGUCUACGCCCCCAUGUUCUGCUGCGACUUCAUCACAUUCAUCAUUGUCGUGUUCGGAUACUGGGCCUUUGGGCCUGCUCAAACAUCCAGUGGUGACGUGACAAGCUACAUAUCUGAAAACAGAGUGCCUGUUCCCUUCCUGGUGAUGUUGGUCUGCCAGUUUGCUCUCAUCAUCAUCGACCGUGCUCUGUUCCUGAGGAAGAACGUCCUGGGCAAGUUCAUUUUCCAGAUCAUCCUGGUGAUCCUUAUCCACAUCUGGAUGUUCUUCGUGCUACCGGCUGUCACUGAUAGGAGUUUCAACAAUAACAUCCCAGCUCUGCUGUGGUACUUUAUCAAGUGUAUCUACUUCGGGUUGUCUGCGUACCAGAUCCGAUGUGGCUACCCCACCAGAAUCCUUGGCAACUUCCUCACCAAGAAGUACAACUACCUCAACCUGUUCCUCUUCAAGGGUUUCCUGGCCAUUCCGUUCCUGCUGGAGCUGAGGGCCCUGAUGGACUGGAUCUGGACCGACACCACGCUGGCCAUCGGCUCCUGGCUGCAGAUGGAGGACAUCUACGCCAACAUCUUCGUCCUCAAGUGCUGGAGGAGAGCAGAGGCGACAUACCCGACCCCACGUGCCCAGAAGCGCAAGGCCCUCAUCAAGUAUGGGGUGGGCGGUCUGCUACUGCUGGUGAUCAUCUUCAUCAUCUGGUUCCCACUCGUACUCUUCUCCUUCGCUAACACUGUGUUCGAGCAGAACCCACCCUUCGAGUCCACCGUCACCAUCACACUUGGAGGAUACCAGCCCAUCUUCAAGAUGACCGCCCAACAACAGAACAUUGAACAGCUGACGCCCACCCAGUUUAACAUCCUGCAGAGUCGCUACAGCAAGGACAGGAAUGCCAUGGGCUUCCUGUCCAACUAUGAGGCCAUUGACGUGACCAAGGUGACACUGGCGGGCAAGUCAACAUCCUUGUGGGGUAUCAGCCCCCCCAGUCAGGCGGACCUCGUCACAUCUCUGCAGAACAAUAAGAACUUGAAGCUGGAGUUCUUCAUCAGCUUUGUCAGGGAGCCAACUGGAAGCCAGUCUGGCAGCAUCAGCAACGACUUCACCAUGUCCCUGGACGAUUCAGUCAGGAAGCAGCUAAUAGGUAUUAUCAACGGAACAUCCAAUUCUACAGUGGACAUAUUUAAUGUUUUCCCGAGAUUUAUGCGGCUUGCAUUGGAGGGACGACCAACAGGCAUCAAACCACUGCUAUAUGGUGAAUUUGGUGUCGGACUGAGCAACGUAUCGCUGGGUUUGUUCCGCGACUCUGAUGCCGGGGCGUUGUCCGAGUUCAUCCAAUGGUGGGAGCUUCAGGAGGUUAUUAAGGGGGAUGAAAUACUAGAAUACGAUCCCAAGAAAACUAAGAAAGUGAAUGAACUCACCAUUUUCACCUUCAAUGACAGAAAAGCACCAGCAGGGUUCUCAGUUAUCACUGGAUAUGGCAUCAUUGGUCUGUAUGUGUCGUUGGUGUUAGUCAUUGGCCGCUUUUUUAGAGUGACAUUUUUCACGGGGUCGUCGUACCGCAUCAUGUUCGAGGAGCUUCCGAAUGUGGACAAUGUCCUCCAUCUAUGUCUGGACAUUUACAUGGUGAGGGAGAGUCGCGACUAUCUCCUCGAGGAGGAUCUCUUCUCCAAGCUUCUCUUCUUGUACCGCUCCCCAGAGACGCUCAUUAAGUGGACGAAGCGGAAGAAGAUCAAGGAGGAUUAAGGGCUGUGUAAUAAAUGUGUGUUGUCUCUACACUUGUUGAAUAGUCCAAUGAAAGAUUUCCAAACGUUAACUAGUUUUCAAGAUACAUUUGUUUUUAUAGAUGAAAUUUGAAGUUGUGUUUUAAAGUUGUUAAAAAUAAUGUGGAAUUUAUAGGGAUUCAGUCCUUGAAAAUAUAAGGGAUGAAGUAAUAUGAGGUAGCCUCAAAGUUAAUGUUUACUGCUUACACAAAACCAGAAAAGAAUGGUUCCCUGUUUACAUAAUCUUGAUUAUGAAGGUAAAUACUUGACAAUUAUUAUGAAUAUGAUAUAAGUUAUUUGAUUGUUAAUUGUGAACAGUCGCUAAAAUGAUUAUACAUAAUCCUGAUUAUGAAGGUAAAUACUUGACAAUUAUUAUGAAUAUGAUAUAAGUUAUUUGAUUGUUAAUUGUGAACAGUCGCUAAAAUGAUUAUACAUAAUCCUGAUUAUGAAGGUAAAUACUUGACACUUAUUAUGAAUAUGAUAUAAGUUAUUUGAUUGUUAAUUGUGAACAGUCGCUAAAAUGAUUAUACAAGAAUGAUUUCUAAGUAGUUGGUGACAUUUGUGUAGGGAUGCACAUGAUCUCAAAAUGGUGCUUGAGUGUAUUCUGUUGCCGCAGGUCAUGGAGAAGUGUAAACUAAUGUUUAUGGAGCCUUGACUGGAACACAAGUAAAAGGUUACAAGUCAGUUCGUUUAUAUAAACACUGACACAAGAUGUAUAAAACAUUUUAAAAUAUUGUACAUUUUGAGACAAAAAUGAUGCAAUUACUGACCUUGGUAAAGUUAACAAGCUGUCUGUUCCAAUCUCAUUACAAUCUGAUCUUUCUCUUUGAUACAUUAUCUCUCUGCAUGAAGAUCUGAGGACACCUACAAAAGAGUUUGAGUCAGGUGAACCCUGAGUGGACUUUGUCAAUUUAAAUAAGGAUGCAUGGCUUCUUGAUCCAGGUUUACCACCUCAAUUCCGAAAUUUUGUUCUAAGCAAAAGAAACAGUACACAAAUAUACCCUUUCUACUACUAUCUUUCAGGUGUAGAUGAUCAGAAAUGACAGUAUCCACAACACUAUGCCAGGACAGCUUUAUUUUUUUGCAUUUGGAACUCCAUGAUUGUAGUCAUUUUCAGGUUACAGAAAUGAGAUAUGCUUGUCUAAUUUGUUGCUGACUGAUACCGAGAAUUUAGAAGCGGUGAUGCUGAUUGGGUGAUUAGAAAGUUCACCUGAUUAGACAUCCUAAGGAGGUGUCGUCAUAUCUUCCUGCAGACAUGUAUCAUAUUGGAGUAAAAGAUCUGGUUUAAUGAGAUUAUAAACUGAGGGUAGUGAUGUUGUAUGCAUGCAUUUAUCACACAGUUUCAGCGGUAUAUAUCAUUCUCAUUUCAUUAUUCUAGUCACAUAAUCAUCAUCAUCGUCUUUUGCAUCCUGCACAUAUUGUGGAGUUUUUGUCAGUGCUGAAACUGUUAUACAAUGUGAUUAUCGUCUACACUUCUCUCAGGGCUCAACUAUAUUACCCAUAUUUUCACAGAGGGGAGACAACUAUGUAUGUCUUAAAUAUCUUUGCUUCCUUUUAAAACUUUGUCAGAGACCAUAUACCGGUAUAUGGUCUCUGUGUUUGUUUAUUAAAAUUGUCGAUUAGAGUUCAGAUGUCUUAAUUUGGCUAAAUAAAUCCUCAAUACUUUAUCUUGCUAUGCACAAAUAGUGAAUGUGACGUGUUAAUAUGUCGUAUGUUAUUUUCCAUAUUUUUUAUUGGGAGGUAACUGAACUAAUGUUGAUGUGGAACUUCUGUAUAUACAAUGAAUUAAAAAUUCUGUUGUAUGUAUCAGUAAUUAGGGCUGUUUGAUGUUAGAAAUGUGUUUCCAUGGUGACGUGUACUAUACAUUGAGUUGAAAACAGUAUUUCGUGGCAAUUUAUAUUCUGUGUUGAGUUGCGUAUCGUUACAUUGUGUUACCUAUAUAAAUGUGUACCCCUGUGUUACAAGGAUUUAUUAAUGCUAGUGCUAAAUAUUUAUUCCACCCCAAGUGCUUCAUAUAAUAUAAACAUAAACACAAAGUGCAAAACUGACUUGUUCAACACAGGGUGAACACAGGAUAUAAUAUCCACCUGACGAUAUCUUGAAUAUCUAUCCCUGUGAAUGAAUGCAGUAGCGAUACAACAGUAAGCAAUAUAGAACCCCUUGAUUAUUUCAUACCUUUACCAAUGCACAGGGAAACAAUACCAGCUGUCUACUUUAAUAUAUACAAUAUACAGCAAACUAGACAUAAUGUAGUACUCACGACACCUAAGCAUUUUGUAACAUCAGGUAAGUUAUCCAUCAUAUCAUAUUAUAUUAAUUAUUAUCACCUCAGGGUAUUGAGAUCAAUGUUUACAUGCUUUGUUUUGAAAAUAAAUAGUAAUUAUGAAAGCUAAUGUGAGUGCUUAUCACAUGCUGUUCUGAAUAAAUACCCAGAAUGCAUCUGAUUAUGAAAGCUUGUUAGGUUGGUGAAUCGGUGUAAAGGAUUUUGUCACUUGUAGUUGUAUAAAUAUUUAAAAUCACCUUUGUAGAGAAGCAUGAUGCAAAUGGCUUAGGUUGUGAUAGCAAUGCUGCUGUUUUGUAAUAUUGGGGACAAAUGCCUUAUUUUCUAAACUAAGUGCUUUACUAUCUUUUACUUAUAUUGCGUGGUAGAAGGGUUAAUCAGACAGAGGCCACUGUUGAAUGUCAUGUUAAUAGUUCAUGUAUUGUCUUUAAUUCUAAACAUGAUCAAAACCAUAGUGUUGUAACAUAUAAUUUAGGGCAAAAUGAUCAAAAUUAUUUCUUUGAUUUAUAAAAGUAUUUAUUCUUCCAGGAAUGUGUAGGCUAGGGCCAGUAUGUGCAUAGCUUGUUUUGUAAAAAAUUUGGGCAUAUUUUAACCAUUGAGUGCUUCCACACUGCCCGCCACGAUGAUGUUGUGAACAGUACGUGUAGGUAGAUUGUUAAUGUUGACAGUUUCUAUAAUGAAAUCCUGAAUUAUGAGAAUAUUCUUAAGAUUUGCUGGUUCUUGAUGAAUACAUGCCUAUGUAUAAUGUUAAUUAUGGUCCUUUCACUACUGGUGCCAUGUUGCAAUACACGUGUCAUGUCCAUGAUUUCUAUGCCCUUGCUCAAACCAUGCUGAUAGAUAGGCAUUAGUCUGACGAAUGUGUGUCCGCUUUGAUUGUAAUGUCCCUUUGUGAAGCAGGCAGCUGUAGAGGUGGUACAAGGGGAUUGUAGAAAUAAAGUGUUUGUAGCAAAUGUC